CCCAGCGCCUUCCGGCUGCGACUGCUCACGGCCCCGCCUAUUCCGGUUCGUGACUGAGCAUGGCGCAGGGGCAGCCCAAAUUCCAAGCGCAGAAGCCGGGGAAGAGCAAGACGGCUGCGGCGGCCUCGGAGCGGAACCGGGGGCCAAGGAAGGGCGGUCGCGUAAUCGCACCCAAGAAGGCACGCAUCGUGCAGCAGCAGAAGCUUAAGAAGAACCUGGAAGUCGGGAUCCGGAAGAAGAUUGAACAUGACGUGGUGAUGAAAGCCAGCACCAGUCUGCCCAAGAAGCUGGCGCUGUUGAAGGCCCCCACCAAGAAGAAGGCAGCAGCCGCCUCCUCCACCAAGACGCCUUCCUAGCUAGCACACAGCUCAACAGAGGCCAUCACUUCAGCCACCCACUCCAGGCUCAGACCUGGGCAGAUGACACCAUGAGGAAGAGGGGCCAUGCUCCCCAGAGCCUUGGGUAGCACCGUGAACUUACAGUGGGUCUCGCCCAUGAGCAGGUGAUCAUCAGGUCCAAAGUACGCCUCCCAGGGUGCUGAGAACUCACUGAAGGCCAAGGCUGCAAGAGGGCCCCCACCAACUUCCUGCGUACCCGCCCCCCAUGUCCUGUCUCCACUGGUUUAACCUGGAGUAAUAAACCUGACUUUGUCAUUCCUCCUGGGUCACAUGCUCCUGUGAGCUGGCUGCACUGGGGCCGGGGUGCCCCACCAACCAACCAGGUCAGCCCCAGCAGUUUCUAAGGGAGAUGAGCCUCUUGCCCCAGGGAAGGACAAAUGGGCUUCUGCACCUCCAGCCUGGAAGCUGGGAGAGUCUUUUCUUCCCUCUCUCCUUGGGUGACUCAUCUGCACACCCUUCAUGGAUAUGCCCAGGUCACCCCCUCUGCCGAGGACAAGCCAGGCAGCCUAAGGAGCCACUGUCCCAUCCGCAGGAUGGGUAUUGACACCACUUAGUAGAGUCAGAACGCUGAUUAAACCGGAAUGUGCUUAUAAA